AGAGUGAGAUAUUUUCCCAUCCACAAAUCUCGCACCUGAUUCCAUAAAAUUGAUCUUCUUCUUCAACGCACAUCUCUCUAGUGUCUCCUCCACUUUUUAUGUCCGUAUACGUCGUCUUGACGAAAAUUUUGGAAUUUUCUUGGGAGAAAAAAGUCAUUAAAGCACUAAUCAUGUGUAGAAACCCUUGAAGACGUUUUUGCGUUUACUUUAAACCACACAAACGCGUUGAAAUUAGCGAUAAAUGGGUAUUGUUACGACGAAGACUUAUACUACUACCUCUACUAACUUCGAUUUUGGUGUUGGUUUGAAACAGUUUAUGUACGGAAACACUUUCAUAGUUCUCGAUGCUUUCUGGGGUUCUCUCUCUAAUCUCUUCAGUGAUAAUUCAGACAAAGACACAAGCUUGGUCGUGUUCAAGAAACAGAACACAAGCGAUUCCUCUGUUUACGGAGAUCAUCAAGAUCAAAACCAAAUUGGUGGAACAAAAGAAGACGAUGAUGCGAUGGAAACCUCUCUGGUUUCGAUUAGCAAGAGAUGCGAGUUUUAUACCGACAAGAAAAGCAUCGUUGGUUUUGUAGAAGAGCCUAAAGCGUUUAGCUUUAAGUUUCGUGAUUACUCUGCUACUGUUCAUGAGGAGGAGGAGAAGAAGAAGAAGAAGAAGAUGGUGAGAUUCUCAGAUAUUGAGGAACCGGACACAAGGUCCAUGGUUGUGGAGAAAUCAGAAUCAGAAGGUUUUGUGAAGGAACACGUGAAAGAAGAGAUGUUGGUUUAUGAGUUCAUGAGUUGUGGUGUCUUAAAGGAACUUUUAGAUCACGAAGAACACUUGUUCGAUGAUGAUGAUGUUGACGGGUUUAUAGAACUUAACCCAAGUUCACAGAUUUCUAACUUUGCUUAUGGAGAAGGAGGAGAUGAAGAAGAAGAGUUGAUAAAUAUGGGGUUUGAUGAACAAGAAGAGGUAUAUGAUGAGUUUGAUGAUGGUUCAGAUUCAGAUGAUGAUGAUGAGUUUGAGCAUAGUGAUGUGAUUGAGAAAUUGAAAACAGAGAUAAGGACUGCAAGAACAGGAGGAUUGUGCACCAUUCUUGAGGAAUCAGAGACUCCAUUAGAAGAGCUGAAACCACUCAAGAUCGAACCAAAACAAGAUCAGCACAAAGACAGAAUCUCUGAAAUUCACAAGGUUUACAAGAGCUAUGCGGUUAAAAUGCGAAAACUCGAUGUCAUCGAUUCUCAAACUAUGCAUUCCAUCAGUUUGCUAAAGCUAAAAGAUUCAUCUAAACCGAGCAGAAACAACGUUAAAGCGCCUAAAUCGCCUCUGCAUCAGAAUCUAUGGCCAUUCAAGAAACAUAAGCUUGAAUGUGAUCCGAUUGAGAGACUUGUGAAAGAAGCGAGUAGAGACUUUGAGACUGUCUAUGUAGGCCAAGUUUGUCUCUCGUGGGAGAUGCUUCAAUGGCAAUACGCUAAAGUCUUGGAGUUUGAUUCUCAUGUUCCUCCUUAUCAAUACAAUUUAGUAGCUGGAGAGUUUCAACUAUUCCAAGUUCUGCUUCAACGGUUUGUGGAGAAUGAACCAUUUCAAAACUCUUCUAGAGUUGAGAGUUACUUAAAGAACCGUCGCCAUUUCCAUAAUUUCCUUCAGAUUCCACUUGUUAGAGAUGACCGUUCCUCGAAGAGUAAUAAGAAAUGUAGAUAUGAAGGAGAAUUCGCGGUAAAGAUUGAAAUGUUGAGAGAGAUCAUCCGAGAGUCGAUGUGUAUUUUCUUGGAGUUUCUAUGUGCAGACAAAGACGAGUUUACUUCAAUGGUGAAAGUUUCUCACCAAACUCAAGUCUCUCCACAAGAUCCUCUUGACCUUGAGCUCUUGACAGAUAUCAGAACUCAUUUCCAAAAGAAGGAGAAGAAGCUAAAGGAAAUAUUAAGAAGCCAAAGCUGUAUAAUAGUGAAGAAGUUAAAGAAGAAUGAGUCAAAGAGUAGUGUUGGACUCAAAGAUGACUUACUGAUAGCUCAAAUAGAACUGAGACUGGUUUCAAGAGUGAUGAACAUAUCCAAACUUACCACCGAGAAGUUAGUUUGGUGCAAAGAGAAACUUGACAGGAUUAGCUUCAACGGUCGAAAGAUUCACAUGGAGUCAUCUUUCUCUUUAUUACCUUUUUGAUCCUUCUCUGCAUAAAAGAUUAGAUCAUAGAUGUUGGAAACAUUAUGGCUUUAUCA